AGCUGGCUCAGCAGGUAAGGACGUGUUCUGUUUUCCCAGAGGCCCGGGCCUGUGCAGCACCCACACAGCAACUCCCACCUGUGUGUCACUUCAGUCUUGGGACCUGACACCCUCCUCUAGCCUCUGUAUGUAUAUGGUGCACGGACACACAUGUAUGUGAUGACGCGAGCUCACCAAGAAGACCUGUGUGCCUAGCUUUCCGUGGAGCGAGUGUGGCGGAGUGGAGAGCGACACGGAUGAACCCAUGGUCAGCAGUACGCUGACAUGCCAGCGUUCCUCUCUUAGUCACUGACAGUCAAGGGCAGACGCCAAUCAGGGCAAGAAACACCAGCUCAGAUGCCCACUCUGUUUCCCAGCUUUAAGUCAGCAGUCAGACAGAUGGAAGUGCUGCCCCAAAUCUGGAUUGUUACCAGGUUCUGGGGAUGGCCGCGUCUGAGGGAUUUCCUGACUGUCUGUUGCUGCGAAGAGACACCAUGACCAUGGCAGUUCUUACACAGUGAAGCAGCUAACUGGGGCUGGCUCACAGUUCAGAGGAUUCACGGCAGAAAGCAUGGCAGCAGAUGGUCAGCGUGAAGAUGAGGCUGAUCUAUGCGCUCAUCCUGGUGAUCGGGGCACUGUGCUUGUACUUCAGUAUGGAGCCUUUCAAAGAGCUGCAGUUCGUUUACAAGCAAAGCCACGGGAAGUUCCUCCAGCUUCCGGAUAUAGACUGCAAGCAGAAGCCACCUUUCCUCGUGCUGCUGGUGACCUCAUCCUACAAGCAGCUGGCCGCUCGCAUGGCCAUCCGCAAGACGUGGGGCAGAGAGAUGAGCGUGCAGGGGCAGCAGGUGAGGACCUUUUUCCUUCUGGGGGCCUCAGACAGCAGCGACGAGAUGGAUGCCAUGGCAAGGGAGAGCGAACAGCACCGAGACAUCAUCCAGAAGGACUUCAAGGACGCCUACUUCAACUUGACCCUGAAGACCAUGAUGGGCAUGGAAUGGGUCUACCACUUCUGUCCCCAGGCAGCCUUCGUGAUGAAGACAGACUCAGACAUGUUUGUGAAUGUCCCCUACCUGACUGAGCUGCUGCUGCGGAAAAACAAAACGGCCAGGUUCUUCACAGGCUACAUAAAGCCCAACGACUCCCCCAUCAGGCAGAAGUUCAACAAGUGGUUUGUGAGUAAGUUUGAGUACCCCUGGGACAGGUACCCACCGUUCUGCUCGGGCACCGGGUACGUCUUCUCCAGCGACGUGGCCAUCCAGAUCUACGAGGUGUCGGAGAGCGUUCCGUUCAUCAAGCUGGAGGACGUGUUUGUCGGGCUCUGCCUGGCCAAGCUGAAGAUCCGGCCUGAGGAGCUGCACAGCAGGCAGACCUUCUUCCCGGGCGGCCUGCGCUUCUCCGUGUGCCGCUUCCGGAGGAUCGUGGCCUGCCAUCACAUGAAGCCCCAGGACCUGCUCCUUUACUGGCAGGCUCUGGAGAGCUCUCAGGAGCAGGACUGCCCCUCCGUCUGAGGGGAGCCUGGUGGCACCGGGACAAACUCCAGAACUUUUGGUGAUGAUCCGGUCUUGCUGGGAACUGCCAGGGGUAGAGCAAGGACCAGGACGACAGUGUGCUGCCUCGGUGCCCUGCACACGCGAGAAUGGACACACAUGCAGAGCAACGGCUUGCUCCCAGCUGGCAUCCAGAGCAAUAACAGAUUUCAGGCCUUUGCACUAUGUCCUCAGACUUGCCUUCACCCGCUCCUUUCAGGGCUCAGCAUACAUAUGAAGCCAUGGACCUGACUCAUCAUUCUCACUUCACAGGUUAGGGACCGGCAGCCAGGGACACUUCCUUGUCCAAAGAUGCAUAGCCAGCAGACGGAGCAGGAAUAAGAAUUGAGUGCUGUCAGAGUUCAGGGUGGCUGCCCCCGGUGUCCCAUCCCUUAGGAGAGGGUGGUGGUAAAGUCUUAGGGGUAAUUAGCAUCCCUCAGUCCCUUUCCUGACUCCUCUGCCCCCCACUUGCCUGACAUAUCUGGGCACUGAGCCUGUGUUAGCCAGCUGGUACCCGUUGCGCCCUCAGUGUAGUUCCAGGAGACACCUGCAGCCUGCAGCCACCGUAGCUCACUUACAUGCUGGAAGGAAACUGAGUUACAUGAGCCUAAAAGUCAGGCUGAGAAGCCGCUGCCGAGCCUUGCUGUAUGAACUGAACACACUGCUGAUGCCCAGUAGGUGCUGUCUCCACUGAGCCUUCCGGGGCAGCUGGUCUCUGCUGCAGAUGUACUGAUGGACGGGUGGGGACCAGCUGGAGGCCCAGAGCACUUCAGAUCUCUAAGUUCACACUCAGGGGCCUCCAGGCUCAGGCAUGGUCUGUGUGGUAUCCAGGGUGCCCCUGGGUCCUGGGCUGGGUUUAAGCUCCUGGGCUACCGAGCAUGGAAGUAGGCCCAGGCUGGGGCUCUUCCCAUGUCAGUGGUCCUUCCUGACCCUGUCUCUUCACAUUAGAUUUGUCACGUGGUCAUAGAUAUGCUGAGUGUUGCCUUUUGGAAUUUAACUUGCUAUUCCCAGCUUCUAUCCUCAUCUCUGAAGGUUUUCAGAGCCGGGUGAAAACAGGGUCCUGCGGCCAUGCAGCCACCGUCACCAGACAUGUCGCCGUGCUCUGUGUUGCAGGAAGUACUGCUUUCUCCCACUUUUAACUUCACUAGAUUUUACUAUGUGCUUAGAGCAAAGGCUUCCUGGGACCGGGUAGCUGUAAAUGUUGGGAUACGCUCCCACCUGAACUCAGGGACACUUCGUGGUCAGAACACCGUUAGGUUGGAGGAAGCUGGACCCUGCCUCCGGGGCCUCAUUCCACAUUUGUUUCUGUCCCUUCUCUAAAUUUCUUCUUCAACUGUUGGGGAAAAUUCUUCUGCCUGUGACACUCUUCAAAAUCGUAUAGUGCCGAGUUCAGUACCCAUAGUUCAGAAUGUGUGGAAAUCUGAACCAGGUGAAGAGUAGGGGAAAUUGUCCCCAGGUAGGGGCCACGUCCACUAUCCAAACCCAGCCCAGCCAGUCUUCUGACGGGGUGGGGGUGUGGUGUGAGGAAGCCGAGGCUUGUAACAGGAUGGUGGCUUUGCUGUUUGGUGGGUGGAAGAGCGGGCAUCAGAACUCGGCACUAGCUGCUCUGCCUCAGACCUUCCCUCUCUUCAUUCAUUCAUCAGCCACAUUGCUCAUGGCCCCACACACGUCAGCAAGGUCAGGGUUGGGGGUCUGCACGCAGCAGGCCUGAGCGCGCACAAUGCUGAGGGGAGGGGAGGGCACAUCCUUUGGGCAUGUGUAGUGUCCUGGAGCAUAAGCAGAUGUCCCUGUGCCCACAGCUGCUGUUGCAUUGAAGAUGUCGGGCGUCCUUAGGCAGCAGCCAUUCUUCUUUCCUUUAAGCAAACCGGGUGUGGGCAGAGGCAGCUGAGACCUGGCCGUGCACCGUAACACAGCUUCCCGCGCUUCUCUCCGAAGCGUGGGGCUGGUGCUACCCCGAACCCCGGCCUCUCCCUCCCCUGCACUCGGCUGCUUCUGUCCUGCUGUUGUCUUAGUGCCGCUCUGCUUCCUGGUUCUGCCUGACCCUGUGGCUUUACCCUGGGGUCUCCGUGGAAUUCCCACAGACCCAUGGUUUAGACUAGCCUUCUCAUGAGGUCAUGUGUGUCUCCCACAUGCACGAAUGACAGAGCCAGGCCUCCACCUGCAGGCGCCAGGAUAGUUUUACUCGGGAAGUGACACAGCAAAUGCCUCCAAUCCCUUCUUAGUGUGCGACAUGGCCUUUGCCCGCUCUGCUGCACAGGGCCAGGGCCGAGGGCCAGGUGUGCUGUGGUGGGGACAUGAGCCGAAGCCGUGGCCCACAGGUACAUCUAGAGGCUCUCCGGAGCAGGCUCCAGGCAGAAGUGAAACAUGCAUGCCACCCUUCCCACGUGGCUUUUACCGUCACAGCGGCAUGGGCGAUGGCGGCGUGGUGCCCGCUGCAGUCUCAGGACGCAGUUUUGAAAACACAAGGCCGAGCCUCGGACACCCUCUAGAUCCUCCAGUCUUCAGCCUUCUCGCAGACUGAAGAGUUAACAAGCCUAAUUUAAUACGGGAGCUGCUGAGCAUCGCUUAAAAAAUAGAUGAGGUCUGGCUCACAUGUUUCCCGUCCCUCCAUCCGGAAGCACGUGCUUUCUCUCACCAUGUUUUCAAAAUUCAGUUAAUUUUCUGUAUGCACCACAUUAGGGCUGGUGUCUUAGCCUUUUCUGGGCUGGUCUCUCAGGUGGAUUUGGAAGCUUACGCCUCUCUGGCGGGGCUCAGGUGUAGUGGGAGACGCCUGUCAUUAUUCCCAGUCCUCAGGAGACCGGAGCCAGCCUGCCGCCCUUCGAGGGUCCCCUCUGGCCUGGGUGAGGACCGUCAUGUGGGCUGGGGUGCUCGCUGUCGGUCCUGUUCCGUCCCUGACACCCACACGGUAAAAGGGGAGAAUUGAUCUUUACAUGUGGGCAUGUGCACACCAGUAAGUAAAAUCUAAACAAAAGUAAUUUUUGUCAAGGCGUCUUCAAACACUGACUUCCGAGGCUCCUGGCUUAGUUUUGUUUCUGUGUGCUUCUCCAUGUGGCCAAGCCCUGUGUUGAGCGUGAGCACAGGUGAGGAAAACAAGACAAGACAAAACAACAACAACCAAAACCAAAACCAAAACCCUCUCAGUUUGCAAGGUGCCGUCCGUUUGGUUGCGAAUGUGACAGGGAAACCUGUUGGGGGCUUGCCCAGGUCUCUUUAGCUUCCCGCCUUUUAUUCUAAGGCCCAGGUUAGGCCCCUCGGGGAGCCUGGGAUUGUCCUGGGGGUGAACAGUGAAACCGUCCAAGCUCAGAGCAGGGCUGUACGAGCCUGAGGCAAACGGGCUGGAAUUCAGCAUGACAACAACAGUGGAAGGUUUGAACUCAAGUAGCAGCAGCAUCUUCUAAUUACCGGGCAUAAUCAUCUUAAAUACAAGUAGGGAAAUGGACUCUGUAGCCAAACGUUUUUGUGUGGUAUGGUUUGGUGGUUUGUGGUGCUGGGAUGGAGCCCGCAUGCCUGUCAGGGCUCCCCCAGUGUGUCUCCCAGUCCCUGCUGAGUUGGUUUGCACGCCACAUUCUACUACCUCUGACAGGAGUCAUGGGGUCAGCGCCUCACGCCUGCAGUUCGAAUGCUGGGUAGUUUAACUGUUAACUUGACACAGCCUACGAUCCCUCUGGAAGAGUUUUAGUGAGAAAUUAUGGGUUUUUUAUUAACUGAUGUAGGAAGCCUCAGCCCGUGUGGGUGACGCUGCCCGCUGCCAGGAUGUCGUAAGCAGUGUGAGGAGACAGCUGAGGGCAAGCAAGUGUCCACGCUUGACCUCUCUGCUGGGACUGCGCGUGUGCCCGGCGGCUUUCCGUUCCUGCCUUGACACCCUGCGCUAACAGCUUGCAACCGGAACUGUGAGCUAAGCUACCCCUUUCUUCUCUAAGUUGCGUCUUGCCUGGGUUUAGUCACGGUAACAGAAACGAAGUUAAACAGAUGCUCAGGGCGGUGCUCAUGUGGGAUGAGCCCUUCCUAUGCCAUCAUGCUCCUGAAGCCAUUGCUCGUGCCAGCCCUCUGCCACCAGCAGACGCGAGCCCUAAACUGCUUACUUUCUGCUUAGGGAGUACCUGAGGGGAGCAAGGACUCAUUUCCCCCGAGAACAGAAGAUACAGAAAAUCCCCUCCAGGACUGGGACUGACCACUCUGCAGCUGUGGGCACUUUGUGGUCAAAUCUGAUUUUCUAACGGAUAAAAAUAUUAAAUGUCUGUGUCGUUGAACGGUGUUUGAAACUGUCAUUUGCCUGUCUGGGAGGAGGUCCUACAGGCUCUGUUUCUGUAUUCUGGGAACGGGUAUAUAUGUUUAUGAUUCGUUAAUGAUAUUUAUCUUUAAUAAAAAUUAAGUUAUGAGCAGCAUGAUGUAUGUGGGUGGUUCUAACCUUCAGCUCCUCUGAAGUUAGCAGUGUGGGUAGACUAAUUUAGACCCAAAUUGGGCUUUUUUUCUUUUUAAUUGAUGUUUUUGUCUGGAGAAACUUUUUUUUUUA